GUAGGCUUUGGUUAUGAGAGAUUUUGGUUGUUUUAAAAAUUCUUAAAAAAUUAUUAGGCAGUUAGGUAAGUGAAAAUGCCACCAAAGUCAAAGGCGCCGAAGAAGAAAAAGGAGGUGGACUGGGCCGACGAGGAGCACUUCAGCAAGGAGCGGUCCAUGAUCUACAUAGAGCACACCUACGAGUGUCCCAUUUUCCAGACGAAGGCGGAUGAAUGUGUGUCCUUCCUGCAGCAGCGGAUUCCCGAACGGAAGUUCCAGCUGGUGAAGAACAGGUACGGACACCAGGUUCCCAGGGAUGGAGCUUUUGAGAUCGGGUUCUCGCAGAAUGCCCGCACCUCCGUCCACCUUUUGUGGUCGGGAUUGGAGCGGGGUCCUCCGCGGCGGGACAAAUUCCCGACGGACUACGAACAGAUCGUUCCGGAUGUGAACAGGAUACUCAAGAAGUUCUAUCCCGACAAGGCGGUGGGCGUGACCGACGAUGAGGACGCGGACGAGGACAAGGACGAGAUGUGAACGCACAAUCUCGAAAUUAUCAAAGAAGUGUAUUUACCAUAACAAUGGCGGGAAAAGUAAACAAUCAGCCGGAGAGACCUGUUGGAGCGACUUUAAGACGUCAUCCGCCCACGGAAAUCACUCGGCGAUUAGUGCGAUUCUUCUUUGGCUUCGUUGGCUUUUGUGCGCGGAAUAUUGCUCUCAUUGUUAUUUUGCCCCAACUGACGUCCCAACAUCACAAUUUGACAGCUCUUUUCACAAGUAAAACGCUUAAAUCGACCGGAAUAAUUAACUAAAUACAAUACUCGCUCAUCAGCA